AUGUCUAGCCGAAUCGCCACUCGUCGCACAAAAUACCAACCUACUCUUCCAGUUCCUCCUGUGCCCCCAGUGCCCCCAAUGCCGUCGCGCUCUCCAGCCCCCUCCUCAUCGUCAUCACAAGACCAAAGCUUGUCUUCACCACACAGGAAAGAGAAGUCGUUACCUCUACGGACUGUCAACUCUCCCGCACCGUCCUACUAUGAAGAUGACCCACGUCCAUUGCCUCCAUAUCCUAUAUCGAAUUCGCCACCAUCUUCGACUGGAUGGGUUGCUUCAUCCGAUACCAAAGCUACUACAGUUCUUGGCGCUCCUCCACAAUACCCUGAACCACAUAGGUCAGGCUACUAUCACACGCCGGCCCUUUCUCCUUCUGUCUCCCGAGCCAGCAUGUCCCGCUCAAUAUCAACCGCGUCUUCAUCUAUGACCAGUCUCCCAUCCAUAACUGACUCGCUUCCGCUUCAUCCUCCCCCCGAAUUAUUUCGAAUGCGGUCAGGUUCGGACGCGAGUUCCCAUCCGCCAUAUUACGCUCCUCCGUCUAGGCUUAGACUACCAAUAUCACCUGGCGCACCCAUUUCGACUCAGCAGUAUCAAACUAGACCUUACCAAGCUACGCCUUCCACUCGUUCAAUUUCACCGCAAGCCGAUGCGAUUUCGGUGGUUCCACGAACGGUCCCUCUCUCACUAAAUGUUAAUCGACAAUUGGCCACACCAAUAACACCAUCUAGUACUUCUCCGCCAUCGGCUCCGGCUGCCUUCGUGUACCCGUCUGCCCGUACGAGAGCGCGACCUAGCGGAACUCCAAGCUCCGGAUUCAAAUUUCGCGGGAAAAGGAAAACCAAGGCAACGCCAGAACAGCAGUCUGAACAGCUCCCCACUCCAACUGAAAGCGCAUUUCCCGUCGCUACCACCAAUGCUCCCAAACCUCGGCCCUCAGUGUCUGGUGCCUCCAUCGUCUCUGGUGCUUCCAUCGCGUCUAGUGAUAGUGGAAGCAACACCUCCUCGAUCCUUCCUUCACGCCCAGCUGCUGAGCCAUUUUACUUUCCUUCAGCACGAACCAGAGCACAUCCCAAGAACCCAGGGAUCAACUUCGGCAAAGGCAAGAAGAAGGAGAGCAGCGGGGGCACCAAAUUGCCGACUGGUUUUUUGAGAAUGGGAUUGGGAAAGAAAUCGACUCCAUCUGGCGUCAGCGUCAAUCCAAGAGUAUCGGGAGAAAGUGCUGGCGCUUCACUUGCUCCACCACCGCAGUCCCUUUCUCGAGGGAAUACGCCGACCCCGCCCCGAGUUUACCGAGAAAGUAUCCCGGAAGAAGACGAGUACUCUUAUCUACCACAUAUAGAGACCAAAGUCGGUGUUUAUCCACUUGACUCGUACGAUCCGAUACUGAUGGAAGCCGAUCGCCAAACUUGGGAGUUGUUGCGGAAAAUAAAUCGGAUACAGGGCAAUCCAAGUUUCCACAACUACGGUGGAAGACCGCCUCGUGCCGUUUUGGAUCUAGGUUGUGGGUCAGGGACAUGGAUGUUGGAUGCUGCGAUGGCGUGGCGGGCAGCUGGAACGCAGAUCGUUGGCUUGGAUAUGAUGGACACUCUCCGUGGAAUGUGGCCCAUUGCGCAAAGGCAGGGUGUCGCUGAAAAUAUCAAAUUUAUUCGGGGAAACUUUGUCAAAGACUCCCUGCCCUUUCCAGACGGGUCCUUCGAUCUAGUCCGAAUUGCGAACUUGGCUCUGUGCAUCCCUCAGUCUCGAUGGGAAUUUGUACUUGCUCAAGUUAAACGGGUUCUGGUGGUAGGUGGUCGACUCGAGUUCAUUGAAGACCAUUUGCUCUUUCCCUACGGCAAACCUUCCGCUGCAACAGAACUUAGCUCUCCACAACUCGACACUCCCAUUCCUUCCACCGGCUUCUCACGGAUGAGUUUAGCAGACGUUGUCAAUGCUCGGCCUGCGGAAACUGAGUUCAACGACACGGAUAGCGAGGUUUAUAACCUGUACCACGUGGAAGAAGAAAAUGAGGACAACGAGUCCUUCAUUGACGGCGGUAUGCUUGCGCCUGCGACGCCCACACCAUAUGGUCAAUAUCCUUCUUCUCCCAUGGCACCAUCAAUUGCAGGUGGUUCCUCGAUUUCCACAACGACAUCAAUGGGAACAACAGAAGCUUGGCAUGAACAGGCACAGGCCGCCCGAGAGCUUGAAGCGCUUUUCGAGCAUAUGUUGACCAUGAAAUAUGGUAUCCACCCUCGUCCAGCCGAAUUCUUGUUUGAAAUUCUUUCGGGAGUAUUUGGGAGUGUUAAGGAAAUUGCAGCGAUGCAUUUGACAUUGGCACCUCCCGAACCAGCUGGACAACGCCAACAUGGUCUUAUAGAGACCGACGCACUCACACAGAGCCCAGGAGUCAUGCUUUGGCCUUCAACUUUUAUCCCAUUACAACCGACAGAGUUGGAAGCCGUCGUUUCCAAGCACCAACGCGUGUUGCUUUCGUGCAAAUCAGCACUAGUCGAGUAUGCAAAGGAAGUUGCUAUGGAGGGGGAAAGUGAGUCGCAGGGAGCGGCUGCAAUGGAGGCACUUUGGGACUACCAGAAUUUUCUCCGUGAGCGAUUCAAUCCUCCACCAGAAGUGAUCCGUCGACAAGCGGAUGAUACCGACAGUUUGCGGGAGUCGGUGUCGGUGGGCUCGAUCAGCUCAGAGGCCCUAAAUGACAUGGAGGAAUACCAAAGCGAACUGCAAUCCCGAUACGAGAGACCGGAAGGCGGGUCUAGACCCCGCCAAAAGAUUGACCCUACAACUGGAGAGACCAUGAUAAGGACAACGGACAAAUAUUAUGUAACCUGUCAAUUUGAUGGAAGCGUGACUGCAGACCCUUCCUCGACUGUCUCGAGUCGGAUGGCGUUCUCGGAAGCGGGACGCAGGGCUGGCCAGCGCCGUAUGCAGCUGGUAGUCGUGAACCGAGGCUCUGACUCGAGUGACGAUGAACCGCAAAGGACAAGAUAUCAUUAUAGUCCACCACCGCUGCCAAAUCCACCACCUCCAAAGAUCGCGACAAGGCAACGACUUCCUCCCCAACCUUCCUCCCACCCAUCCUCGCUCUCCUCCCCGUCUAGCAGUGCUGCUGACGAAUCAACACCACCUCCGUCCACUCCAGGCCUCUGUCUUGAUGAGACAGAGCAGACCGUUCUCAAACCACCACCCCUUCCCCGUAUUCCCACUGCACGGUCUUUCCAAUCACCAACAGAAACAUAUUCCCCCCAUCCUGUUGCAGACCGUGUUCUAAUUCUCGUCACCGGCGACUCAGAGCAUUUUGUCAAUGUCGACAUCAGCGGCGCUCCAAAUCCCGCCUUCAUCCGCGAGCGCGUGUUCACAAAGCUUGCUAUAUUCGACGAAUAUGACCAAGCCAACUUGUCGAUUUAUCGCACCGAGAUUGGCAGUUUCGCCAUCGGCGAUGCUCUCUCCGACGACAAGCUGUUUGAUCUUUGUCGCGAGCAAGGUGAUGAAAAGGGCUCCCUCAAGCUCCUCGUAUGUGCCUCGGCAGCAAAUGUCCAUGAAGUCCAUACCACUGGCACACUCGUUCCCCCAUUAAUCCCACCUCUGCAGCCCAGACGGCGGACUCGUUCACCAAAUGGAAGUGUCUCUUCGACCAGCGAAAACCUGCCACCCGAGUCUUCUGCCGGAUACGAGGCCGAUCUGGAGAAAGAGCGACGGAAUCUUCUCGCUCCAAACAGCCAAGCUCCGCAGUAUGUUGCCUCUCCUCUACCCUCCCGGUCAAGUUCUCCCCUACCACCUCCUCCAUUAUAUGACAAACAUGGAAAUAUAAUAGCGCCGCCACCCCCACCACCCCCGCUUUCACCGAAUCACCCAACAUCAGUCGACGACAACAUCACUCCCCCAGGCACUAUCUUGCACGCACGGGUUGCAUCCGAUGCUGAUCAAACCAUUCCUGAACCACAAGAUCUUCGCAGAAAUAGGCCGCAACAUAGUGGGCGAACCGCAUCACAAGGCCGCGACAGGCGAGCGCGUCACAAAAACUCAUUUAAUCAGAGCGACACGGAGGAUAGUCCCGGUCAAUUGGAGUCAUGGGUGAUGGUCAAUAAUGCCUCACGCUCUGACGAUGACCAUCCUCCAACUCCCAUUGAUGUCCGUAAUUCUCCUUCGUCUGCUGCUCGUGCCACGGCCCGUCAACAGUUAUCUCCUUCACGCUACAAGGCCUCUUCUCCCUACGGCGGUCGGACUUUGGCAAUACCAGCUCCUCCACGAAAUGCUCCCCCACCCAUACCUGCGAAUGCGCCUGAUCCUCGUAUUCCACCGCCACGUGCCGCUGGCCAGCCCGUCCCAAGCAAAUGGAUGGUGACUUGGAAAGGCUCUGAUCGCGGAGAGCAAAAAUCUCUCCCGACUCAAACAUCAACUUGGAACAGGUUCAAGACUGCCAAAAGCAUGGACAAUCUCCGUGGAUCAGCAUUAAAUUCGCAUCCAGCUAAUUUGCAACCAGGCGGCGGCAGACGGGCCCACCCGCUGCCGGUUUCUCGCUCAAGUGCCAGUGGGAUCCGUGACACAUUACUUUCCGCUGCAACUCCAACUGCGCUCGGAACACCCAAGUCUUUUGAUGGAGGCCGCUCUUAUGAGACCCGACAAAUUCGACCCCUGCCAAUACAAGGCUCCUCGCAUACGACCAUUCACGAACUAGGCCCCGCCCCCACAAACCAAUAUGGCACACGAACUCCUGGGUCCAUAUUAAUGUCUCCUAGUAAUGAACCAUACCCACGACCACAGUCGGCGGUUGGAGAGGCUAUCAACUCUCCGCAACAACGAUAUAACCGACACCUUCCCCCAACAGGUUUUGGCACAUCGCUUGAAGGCGAAUAUGGUCGUUCUCCGCGUGCACCAUCGCCCACCCACCCUUUUCCUACUUCUUCUCCUUCAACUGCCCUCCCAUUCAGGUCGAGUCGGCCCAGCGACGUUUUGCAAAGUCCUGGAAGCCCUCGUAGUCCACGCUUUGUAUCACGGGAUCGCAGACCUAGUUCUGCUGGUAAUGAAGCACGCCCGGAGAUAACUACAACAUCCGCCAAUGGAGAUGUUGGCGCAUCUCAAUGGGCUGCCCAACUAUUCCCAAGCGCAGAUUCCACUCUCGUUCCAGAGUCGAUGACUCUGAUGCCGCCACCGAAUGGCACUAUGAUCAGCACCCGAUCUUACGAUUCUGAUAGCGACGACAAUGACACAGGUACUUGGAAGAAGGCACCGUCUUCUGAGCGACCCAAAUCUAUUCUACGCGGACCAGCAUUGACGGUACAAAUCGAAGACUCUAACACUCUUCGGCCUAAUGGACAACAACAUCCUACUUUUGCCACUCCUACCCUCCGACCCUCGUCCCCCUCGCCCGCUGCUGCUAUUGCUAAAUCAAAACGAGAUAGACACGGAAGUACCUUCACCGCUCGUCAGGAAGAUACUUGGGCACCCCGACCUCCGCCUGAAGACGUUUACGAACGUCUAGAAGACUUCUUCCCUCAGCAUGAUUUGGACAAACCGGUGAUCGAGGCAGCGUCUGGCGGAACCUCGCCAACAAGCACUGAUCAAAUAUCCAUACCCACGCCAUUGACACCCGCGGUCCCUGACAAAGGACGCAUACGAGGGAAAAAAAGUAUUCGUAUCGUUGCCCAAGAACGCAAAAGGCAUAUGGACCGUGCUUCCCGCGCCGACGGUAUGACAUCGAUUCAGCGCAAGCGAAGCACAAAACUCUGGGGUAGUCGGGUGGAAGAAGUUGAUACAUCGAGCCUUCCUGAGUCGCCGUCAAGUGAUGUUUCCAGCACAACGACAUUCAAAUGGGUUCGCGGCGAGUUGAUUGGUCGCGGUACAUAUGGACGAGUGUAUCUCGCACUCAAUGCCACAACUGGAGAAAUGAUCGCCGUCAAGCAAGUCGAAACCCCACGCACGGCCAGCGACAAGAACGACACCCGACAAAUAUCUGUUGUUCAGGCGCUCAAGAUGGAGAGUGAGACCCUCAAAGUGCUUGAUCAUCCGAAUAUUGUCCAGUAUCUUGGUUUCGAAGAGACUCCAACAAACCUGAGCAUGCAAGUUAUUUUCUUCUUGUCCUUCUCAUCUUCUAAUCACUCCCGUAGCUUUCUUGAGUAUGUUCCUGGUGGCUCGAUUGGCAGUUGCCUCCUCAAGCACGGCAAAUUCGAGGAGGACGUCACCAAGUCGUUUACCUCACAAAUCCUGGCUGGAUUGGAAUACCUGCAUUCCAAAGGCAUCAUCCAUCGGGACUUGAAAUCAGAUAACAUUCUUGUUGAAAUGUCUGGUGUCUGUAAGAUUUCCGAUUUUGGUAUCUCCAAAAGGACGGACGACCAUAACGACGCCCACACGGCCAUGCAAGGCACUGUGUUCUGGAUGGCUCCAGAAGUUAUCAACACUCAGAAAAAGGGCUAUAACAAUAAGAUCGACAUCUGGAGUAUUGGAUGUGUCGUCCUGGAAAUGUGGGCUGGUACUCGACCCUGGACUGGGGACGAGAUGGUAGCUGUCAUGUUCAAGCUGUUCCAAUCCAAGCUUCCGCCACCUAUUCCAGAUGGCCUUGUAUUGACACAACCCGCAGACGACUUCCGACGCAGUUGUUUUGCCAUAAACCCGGAAGAGCGCCCGACUGCGGCUGAACUAAGAAGGCAUCCAUACCUGAUAGUCACUCCUGGUUGGGUAUUCGACGGGUUCGAAGCCCAGUAG